UUUCUACAGACACAGAAAGAGGAUUUUAGAUUGAACAGUUGCUCGAUUUUGGAAGAAUGGAAAUGGAGCAGAAACAGAACCCAGAUCCAGAGAAGGACCGGGACCAGAACCAGGACCGGGACCAGGACCGGGACCAGGACCGUUCAGAGUCCACCAGCACCAAAACGGUCUUCUCCUCUGCUGGUCUGCAGAACCAUAAAGGAAGACCUAAAAGACACUGCUGUGAUGAUUGCAAGCAAGUCUUCACCACUUCAUCAAACCUGAAGAAGCAUAAGAAAACUCACACUGGUGAGAAACCGUACAGAUGUGAUCAGUGUGGAGCGGCUUUUGCCCAGCAAGGUAACCUAAUGAGACACCAACGUAUUCACACUGGAGACAAGCCUUACAGAUGUGAUAAUUGUGGAGCGGCUUUUGCCCUUCAAGGUCAACUAAUGAGACGCCAACGUAUUCACACUGGAGAAAAGCCUUACAGCUGUGAUCAGUGUGGAGUGUCUUUUGCUCAGCAAAAUUAUCUAACGAGACACCAACGUAUUCACACUGGAAACAAGCCUUACAGCUGUGAUCAGUGUGGAUCGACUUUUGCCCAGCGAGGUCAUCUAACGAUUCACCAACGUAUUCACACUGGAAACAAGCCUUACACAUGUGAUCAGUGUGGAGCGGCUUUUGCCCGACAAGGUACUUUGACGAGUCACCAACGUAUUCACACUGGAGACAAGCCUUACAGAUGUGAUCAGUGUGGAGCAGCUUUUGCCCAGAAAAGUUCUCUAAUGAUACACCAACGUAUUCACACUGGAGAAAAGCCUUACAGAUGUGAUCAUUGUGGAGCGGCUUUUGCCAAUAAAAGUUCUCUAAUGACACACCAACGUAUUCACACUGGAGACAAGCCUUACAGAUGUGAUCAUUGUGGAGCGGCUUUUGCCCUUACAGGUUACCUAAAGCAACACCAACGUAUUCACACUGGAGAAAAGCCUUACAGCUGUGAUCAGUGUGGAGCGGCUUUUGCCCAACAAAGUCACCUAAAGCAGCACCAGCUUAUUCAUACUGGAGACAAGCCUUACCGCUGUGAUCAGUGUGGAGUGGCUUUUGCCCAGAAAAGUCACCUUACGCAACACCAACGUAUUCACACUGGAGACAAGCCAUACAGCUGUGAUCAGUGUGGAGUACGUUUUGCCACAUCAAGUUCUCUAACGAGUCACCUGCGUAUUCACACUGGAGAAAAGCCUUACAAAUGUGAUCAGUGUGGAGCAGCUUUUACCCAGAAAAAUUCUCUAACGAUUCACCAACGUAUUCACACUGGAGAAAAGCCUUAUAGAUGUGAUCAGUGUGGAGCAGCUUUUGCCCAGCAAGGUAACCUAGCGAAACACCAACGUAUUCACACUGGAGACAAGCCUUAGAGAUGUCAUCAGUGUGGAGUAUGUUUUGCCACAUCAAGUAAUCUAAGGAGUCACCAACGUAUUCACACUGGAUAAAAAGUGUACAUUUGUGAUCAUUGCUGAUUUUAAUUUAACAUUGGUUAAAUUCCAAUGCAAUAGCAGUUUAGUACCAAUGCAGCACACUUGUAAUGUCUGUGCAAAACCUGGUUCAGUUCCAAUGCAGUACCAUUUCAGUACCUGUCAGGGUUUGACAUUUCAUGUUGACAUUUCCUGUUUUAUUUUGAAGCCCAUGUCCUUGUGUUUAAGUUCUUGUCUGACCUUCCUGUUUCCCAUCUGCCCUGAUUGUCUGCACCUUUGUCUCGUUAACCUUUGUUUAUAUCUAGUCUUGUCUUUUCCCUGCUCCUUGCUGGUCCGUACUGUUUUGCCCUCCAUGUUUUUUCCAUCAGGUUUUGUCAUAGUUUUUGAUUCUUGUUCAGUUUGGUUUUUGUAUCCUGCUUAGCAGUGUUUUUGGUUCUGUUUUUAAGUUAAUAAAUCAGUUUUUGGGAACUCCUGCCUCCUGCUCUCCUGCAUCUGGGUCCUCACUACAACCUCUUGACAGUACCAGUGCAACCCCAGUUCAACACCAGUGCAAUACCAGUGCAACACCGGUUCAGUACCAUUGGAGUACCAUUGCAGUACCAGUUAUGUACCAGUGCAGUUUCAGUGCAAUACCAGUACAGUACCAGUGAAAUACCAAUGCAUUACCAGUUUAGGGAAUACCAGUGCAACACCAGUGAAAUAAUGUA